AUGGCGGGAAGGAGUCAUUAUAUACUGCUUAAUCGGCUGGAUUCGAGUAAGCCUAAUAACCAUUUGACUAUAAUUCAGAUUCUGAGGACCCUUGCUCUGGAGCAUCCUGAAAGCAAGGAGAAGAUGGCAGAUACUGGGUCAUUAUCAGCAUUGGUGAAAUCAUUGACACGUGAUGCCGAUGAGCAGAGAGAAGCCAUUGGGCUUUUGUUGGAUCUCUCAGAUCUUCCCACAGUUUGGCGCCAGCUCGGAAGAAUCCAAGGGUGCAUUGUUAUGUUGGUUGCCAUACUCAAUGGAGAUGAUCCUGUAGCUUCCCAUAAUGCGGGAAAGUUAUUGAAUGCUUUAUCUAGCAAUACUCAGAACGCACUUCACAUGGCAGAGGCAGGUUACUUUAAGCCACUGGUCAAGUGCUUGAAGGAAGGCUCAGAAAUGAGUAAGAUCCUCAUGGCGAAAGCACUCUCAAAGAUGGAGCUCACAGAUCAAAGUAAAGCUGCCCUAGGAAAAGAUGGGGCAAUUGGAUAUCUUGUUAAAAUGUUUAAUACUGGAAAACUAGAAGCCAAGCUAUCUGCUUUGAGUGCUUUGCAAAAUUUGUCCAGCUUGACUGAGAACAUCCAACUUUUGAUCAGGUCAGGCAUCGUAGUAACUCUUCUUCAGCUCCUUUUUUCUGUUACAUCAGUUCUCAUGACCCUCAGGGAGCCAGCUUCAGCAAUUCUCGCAAGAAUUGCUCAGUCAGAAUCUAUUCUUGUCAACCAAGAUGUGGCUGAGCAAAUGGUUUCACUGUUAAGCCUAUCUAGUCCAGUUAUUCAAUAUCACCUUCUACAGGCACUCGGUAGCAUUGCUGCACAUUCUAGUGCAUCAAAAGUACGAACAAAAAUGAAUGAAAAUGGGGCAUUUCAGCUCCUUCUACCAUUCCUGACAGAAACCAAUGUUAAAAUUAGGACUGAAGCCCUGAAUUUGAUGCAUACUCUCUUUAAAGAUUUGAAAACAGAGUUAACAGAACAGCUCACAGAAGCACAUCUUGCCGUUAUAGUAAACAUUAUUUCAUCAUCAACAUCUGACACUGAAAGGGUUGCUGCAGUUGGCAUAUUGAGCAGUUUACCUGUAACUGAUAAAAAAGCAACAGAUACACUUAAGAGGCAGAAUUUACUGCCUAUUCUGAUUUCCACAGUGAGUUCAACAUCAUCGACAAAUUUGCUAUUAGAGAAUGUUGCAGAGUUGUUGAUUCGAUUUACGAUCCCUUCUGAUAAGAAACUACAGCUUCAUUCAGUCGAAUUGGGAGUUAUUCCUGCACUUGUGAAGUUGCUUUCAACUGAGUCUGUUGUAACUAAACUCCAUGCUGCAACCUCACUGAGUCAGCUAUCACAGAAUACAUUUUCUCUCAGAAAGUCCAGAAAGUCAAUGUGGUUUUGUGUACCUCCUUCUGCAGACGCAUUUUGUGAAAUUCAUGAUGGUUAUUGUUUUGUUAAAAAUACAUUCUGUUUGCUAAAGGCAGGUGCUAUCUCUCCCCUAAUCCGAAUAUUGGAAGGUAAGGAUAGAGGAGCAGAUGUAGCUGUUCUCAGCGCCCUUGCGACUCUCUUGCAAGAUGAAAUUUGGGAAGAUGGAAGCAACUACGUCGUAAAAAUCUGUGUUCAAGCUAUUAUAAAGGUUUUGGAAUCUGGGAAUGUGAGGGCUCAAGAGAAGCUCUAUGGAUAUUGGGAGAGGGUCUUCAGAGUUGAAAAGCACCGAAUACAAUUCGGAGAAUCUGCUCAGGUGGUGCUGAUUGAUCUGGCUCAGAAUGGCGAUGCCAGAUUGAUGCCAAAAUUGCAUGUUGCUGGCUCA